AUCAAAUAAAAAACAGAACAAAGAAGAAACACAUUCAUAUUCAUACACAAAAACAUAUUACAAUGGCAGGAAUCAUUAACAAAAUUGGUGAGACCCUUCAUAUAGGAGGGGAUAAGAAAGAAGGUGAACACAAAGGAGAGAGCCAUGUUGAACAACAACAUGGGUAUGGUGGAGAGCACAAAGGAGAGCAACAUGGUGUGUAUGGAGGAGAGCACAAAGGAGAGCAACAUGGUUUGUUUGGUCAUGGAGGUGAGCACAAAGGAGAGCAACAUGGUGUGUUUGGAGGAGAGCACAAAGGAGAGCAGCAUGGUGUGUAUGGUGGAGAGCACAAAGGAGAGCAACAUGGUCUGUUUGGUCAUGGAGGAGAACACAAGCCAGAACAACAUCAUGGAGAACAAAAGGAAGGAUUUUUAGAGAAGAUCAAGGACAAGGUCCAUGGUGAAGGUGGAGAGGGUGAAAAUAUCAAAAAGAAGAAGGAUAAGAAGAAACGUGGUGAACAUGGUGGUGAACAUGGCCAUGACAGCAGCAGCAGUGAUAGUGAUUAGAUCUUAUAUAAUUCCUCUGUUGCAUCUUGAUGAGAGGUGUAUGGAAUCAUAAGUGACAGCUAUGUCCUCCUGUGUUUUAAUUUCUUCUUCUAGAUAUCUAUAUAUUAUGUGAGUGAGAGAAAAAAAAAAUGUGUGUUUCUAGUUGCUAAUUCGAGUGCUUGUAAUAAUAUGCUGUUAGUUUGGUUUGUAAAACCCUACUGCUUUAGUUAAUUAUGUUUGCUUUUAUAUCAUCAAAAAGAAAUAAUAAGAAUUUCUAUUAUUAUUAA